AUGACGAUGACCGCGCUCCUGUCCGCCCUCCGCGGCGCUGGCCGCCGGCAGAUCACCGCCUCCACCGUUGCGGCGAGGCAGGCGACGGGCUCGCAUGUGUUGAGGGUCGAUGGGUUCACCCGAGUCAGGGAGAAGGCGGCCAAUGGCACCGCCGUGCAGUCAAGCCGGUUCGGCGUCGGCGGCCACGACUGGCGUAUUCAAUGCUACCCGAACGGCGACACAGAGAUGGCCGAGGGCCAUCUCUCCCUCUACCUCAUCCACGAAGGCCAGGCCAAGACCGGCGAUGCCACGGCAACGUUCAAGAUAAGCCUGCUCGACAAGGCCUGGGAGCCAUGCCGCAGUGGAAGCCAAGAAGAACACCGCUUCGACGUGGACCAUGGUUGGGGCUGGAACAGAUUCAUGAGACUCGAAGAUCUGGACAAGGAGAAGCACCUCAAGGAUGACUGCCUGUCCGUCCUCUGCGACGUUACCGUCGACCUUGGGCUGCGCGCCGACGACCACACUGAUGAGGCCGCCGAGGCGGAGGAGCUCAAGUCGGCGCCACCGCCGUUUGAUUUGCGCGGCGUCGCACUCGCGGAGGCUCUGUGGAACACGCAGGCGGCCGACGUGAUGAUCCACCUCGGCGACGGACAGAAGAUGGCAGCCCACCGGUGGGUGCUGGAGGCCCGAUCCCCGGUCUUGAAGGCGGAUCUCGCGCUCGCCUCGACCACCGACGAGAGCAUUACCAAACUACGCGUCGAUGGCAUGAACGCCGACGUGUGCAAGGAGCUGCUCCAGUUCAUCUACACGGACUCGCCGCCUCGGCAGAUGGAUCAGGUGGCCGACGCCGUGGUGGAGGGGCUCCUUGUGGCGGCGGACAGGUAUGAGCUGGAGAAGCUCAAGGUCGUCUGCGAGGAUGCGCUGUGCAAGAUGGUUGACGCAAGGUCCGUGGCCGCUACCCUGGCGCUGGCCGAGCGUUACCGCUGCCCGAAACUGACGGAGGUGUGCAUCAAGUUCCUCUCUUAUCCUCAUAACCUCAAGGCCGUCAUGGCGUCUGACGACGGUUUCGAGCAGCUCAAGACGGGCUGCCCAUCCGCCCUGCUGGAGCUCCUCGUGAAGAACAUGCCCAUGCCCAUGCCCACCCAUGACCAUGAACAAACAAUUACUAGUACAAGCAGCCACAUAGUUAGUUACUCCGAUCAAACAAAGAGUGAGCACAGAGAUUAG